AUGAGUGGACCAUCUAAAGAUCCGAGAAUGGUAAGCCGUGCUGAAUAAACAGGACAUUUAGCAAUUAUUAAAUUCGGCUUUCGUAGGAUGAGAAGAAUUAUGGAGAUCUAGGAGGAUUGUUUUUUACUGAUGCUGAAGGCCGAGGUGGAUAACAUCCCCCGAGAUCUGCAUAAUUCUUCAUAUCCUACGAAGGUUGAAUACAAUAAUUGUUUUAUUAUUCAGUCAAAAUGUUUCUAAGUUUCUGAGAUUACCUCCUCGUAGACUUUCUUCAAACUUUGGCCUAUUCCUCGGUACUGUUAAAUGAAUAAAAUCCAUCGUGCGAUAUGUCUAGCGUAUUCUUGUAUUUCUUUCGUUCAGUUUUAGUUAAAAAUCAGCUAUUUCGUCUUCGGGAGAUCUGGGUACGAGAUUACGGAUAGCCGUUAACGCCAUUUGUUUUAGUUCAUUCGUGAAUAAACCGCUUGGCGUCUUGGCGAUGGUCUAUUACCCUAGCAGCCUCGUUUCCAACUUUUCCAGUGAAUUAUGCCAUGGAUCAACCACGUUUCCAAUCAAAUAUUCCUUCUAAUCAAUGGGAUAUUGCGCGCAUCUUUCAGAUAUGGUAAGCGCCAGUUAGUUAUGACCUUAAUUAUUCCGGAUAUCAAAAAACUUCAUCCGAUAAUUAAAAAAAAAACUGUCUUUUUGAUAAAAUGAAUAAUUUAUUUCGUACUACGCCAUUUAGAUCCGUUACCGCCGUGGCUGACGCGGAAAAAACACCUUAGCAAAGAACGACUUUUGUAUGUUCAUAGUGGGAUAGAAUUCAUUGAGAUUUUGUUGAAUCCAGGUGGAAAGGACCGGAAGAAAGAAAAAAUCAGUGGCCUUUCAACUCCCCAUGGAGAAUAAGCAAAUGUUGGCUUUGGAAUUUCUUUCUUGGCUGAUGGUAAGACCAAAAAUAUACAUCAAACUACUGCUAAAGAAUUUCGAGCACUUCGUUUACUUUGAUUUUUUUUGUCUGUAAUUGGUUAAAAUAAUUGUUCAUGUUGUUCUGUUCUUUAUUUCUUCUUAUUGCCAGGGUGAGCCUACAUGCCGCACAGCAGUCCAGGGGCAUCCUGAAAUUCUACGGCAGAUUACUGAUAAUUUGAGAAUGACAAUGGUAAGGUAAUUCAGGCAGGUGUAGGGGUUGAGGGUGGUGGAUAAUGGAGGAAAGGAGUGAAUGGAGUAAUAGAGGGGUCUGAAAAUGGUAGAAAGCAUAUUGUUAUAUAGCUGAACAUUUUUCCUCAACAGCGCGCGCUCCUAUUCGUUACUUAGGGGUCACAUGACAUCUAGCAAUAAAACAGGUUCCCGCCAAAAGUUUUCAAGAAGAAAACAUUUAAAAUCUGUGACGUCAAAGGGUAAGCGCGAGUGUUGACUGCUGGCUGAGAUUAACUUUCACGGAUUUGUAGACGUAGAAGUUUCUGUUCUUACGCUUUUAUAAAAAUUUCAUUUUGUUUUCUCUCGACUUGAAUAUCAAUGGUUCCCUUCUUUCUCCUUCAUUUACAUGUUGAUGUUUUCCUUUAGUCAACUAUCGAGUCUCGUCUUUCACCGAGUCGGCCAACUCCUGAGCCUUUGACACAAAGUGAGGUGGAGUUCUUUCACAAGUCAUUUGAAGCGUACUGUCUUACAGAGAUCCAUUUACACCACAUGGUAAGCUUUGGCAUUGGAGGCUAGAAUUGUAAAUAAAUUGUAAUUUGUUUAUCCACGAAGCACUUAGGAGUUCUUAAGAACAUCUGUGAUAGUCUCCGUGCGUUCCAGAUCGAAUUCGAAUUAGGAAGCGAUGGUUUUUGAGGAUUUUGUCUACAGUAUUAUUAAAUUGUGCAUGAGUGUUAAACGGUUUUGUGCCGAAUUGCACCAUUGGAAUGUUUGCGGAAAUGGCCUAUAGGGGAAUCCUCUUUUACCUUUUUUGCCUCAUUAUCAUAGGCUUAUCGUUAUAUAUAAUGAAGCUAAUAAAAUGAAAUUUUUGUAUUUUAAAAGAGCGUAACAAUUUCAGUUAUUUCUGAAAUUUGAGCCCGAUAUGCCAAAUAGUUUCGGAUAAAUUCUUUUUGAAAAACCCCAAAAUUUACAAAGAAUGUAUGAGCUUAUUAAGGUUCUGCACCCAGUAAUUUUGCAGUUUUUAAUUGCUGCUAUUUUCUUUGUUACUGGUUGCAAAGAGCUGAAACUUGCACAAACGGCAUAACUUAACCAGCUCUUUUAAUUUUUGCACCUAAUUGGUAUAUAAGGCCACAUCUUCUAUGGAUUAACUCGUAUGCUAAUGAGCAAAAAAUGUAAACAAUGACGUCAUGAUGAAUCCGCCUAUUAAAGGAGCGAGUGUCCAAAACAGUCCCAGAGUGCAUUUCGACUUAUUCCAGACCAAGUCUUACGGGCAAUGGGUCCUACUAAUGUUCUGGCUCCUCGACAGGUCAAGUAGAGUUUAGAUUGGGCUCCCAUAAGCCGUCAAUCAAAUUAAUACUUCGCAAUGGAUUGUUCUAGGAAAAGAACGAAGAGUAUGGUGGCGCUAUGGCUGCUUUGGAAAAUGUCCUCGUCUGGGCUGACAGGGUUUUGCUACCAGCAAUCAGCUCUGAAGGGUUUGUUUGUGUUUUUGUUUUAUUUUGUUUUUUGUUUGUCUGUUUGUCUUUUGUGAGUUUAUUUUCUAUUGCAUUGCAUGACAAAAAUCCAAUGAUCCUGGCACUUUUUCUGUACUGACCAUCGAAAAGUUCCAGAUCGUCCACAGAACGUUUAAUCGUCGACUUUUUUCGAAGUGCAUGCUUACAUGGGGAAUGUAUGACGACAAAAAUCAAACCACUCGCAAAGAUAACCUUUUGGUGAUCCUCAUCAGUUCGCUCCUAUCGUCCGACCGUAGCCUGCGUAGCAAGCGUUUCCGCGCGAGUUCGUCGAGAAACAUGGGAAGAGAGCAAAAAAAAUGAUUUUUUUCGCUUCCGCUCUAACUUUCGCGCAAUCACUCGAUUGGAAACGCUUGCUACGCAGGCUAGUCCGACCGCUUCAUGCUCUGUCGGGUAAUUCAUUAACUUUCAUUUCAUGGUACCCAGCUCCCAGCGGCUGUAAAAUCGGAAAAAUGGACGUAUAGUAAAAAAGAAAACGGUCGAAGGACGAGCUUCUGAUUUCGACUUCAUGCAUCUUUAUUAUUUUCACGGUGACAUACGAGACUCGCGGAAAUAUAACACUUUUCGCGUGAAACAAGCCGUUCUAUUUAUAAAUCUACUCGGGAAAGAGUCGACUCAAGAAAUCAGUGGAGAUAGCGGCUCCUAGUCGUAAGGCUCCUGCACUUUAUCAUUUAUUUGAAUACCUAAACGCCUUCUUUGUCGUUGGCUUAAGGUGUGAAAAAUCGAGAUGAUAGAAGAAAAUAAAUAGGCAAUAGAUUUGCCAGAUAACAUAGGCUACAAAAUGAACGAUUCUAACACAAUAAGAUAAGAUUGCACAUUUCCACUAACAUUUUGUCUGUCGUUUUCCCAUUUUGUUUUUAUUACUUAGGAAUUGUCUCAUCUCCCCUCUCUCAGAAGUUAAGAGUGCUAAACGAGUCCUUGAAGAAGUACAUUACUCCAGUUCCCUUGUGGUGCAACUUGUAAAGGUAUACUGGAUUAACUAAACAAAUUAAACACCAAUAUGCAAAUUCAAAUUCUCCACACUAGUGUCCAUACAUUGCGUUAUAGAAUUAGUUGAGAGAACUUGAUAAAAGAUCAAAGCAUUUCUCUUUUGUUCAUCAUUUUGUUAAUUCUCCUAACCUUUUCUAUUGAUGAUGUUUUGAUAUAGUUAGGAGAAAAUUGAUGUUGAUCACUCUUGGGACUUAAAGGGUUAACCAAUGCCGAUGCUCCAUUGUAUUUCGGAGAAGAACUUUUCAAAACAACACUUUCAUUGGAGAGUUUUCUAUCUGGCAUAGCAUUGUAAGAUUGAGAGGAUUAGAGAACAGAACUCUUCGAUAUUUUGCCGCAGUAAGUGCGAUAAAUUGAUUUCUCACCCAAAACUGUUAAGUGAUGAUGCUUGCCACGGUUUUGGCGUUAAAACACACAUAACUCUUUAAUGGCAUGAUUAACUAAACGUCGCCCGCGUGACCAGCGUUCGGGGAAUGGGGUAGGGAGGGUUAUGUAAGCACGUUAAAUCCGGAAUGCCCCAACAAUCGCGCUUGCAUUAAUCCCUUCCCUCUCCUCCCCUUUGUAUACUGGCCGCGCAGACUAAGCUGUAAGAAAUCGACCUUAAAUGCAAUGCGUCGUUGCGGCGACACGUUGCAGCUAUUUACAACGUGGACAAACGAGUAUCCUAAGAACGGUGUGUUAGUUGCUUUUUCAUUUUUUCAGCAACACGUUUGUGCUUAUGUUGAGUCGUAUUUUUUUUUUCCCUAGACCAUUUUGACUUGUUUAAGUGAGAUGGUAAUGCUUGGAUUAACACAAGAAAAGUUUUACAACCACGCAGCGGUGUUCACAACUUCUCUUGCUAAACUAGGUGGGCUGUUUCACGUUAAGCUUUUUUCAAGCUUCCGUAUAAAAAAGCAUAUUAAAUUGCAAUUAAUAUCCAAAAGCAUUGAUAGCAGGGCGAGGGCCUUAAAGCAGCAGUGUCCUAUUUAGACAAUAUCCACAUUAUGGUCCGUACGUUCUUGAAAAGUUCUUGAUUUUUAGUAAUUGUCUUGAAAAGUUCUUGAAUUGGGUUAAGGUCCUUGAAAACUACUUGAUUGAUUUUUUAGGUCUUCAAAAAUCCUUGACCUUGUCUAAAAACAUUUUUGUACACGAGCAGGGGGGGGGGGGGGGGGUUAGAUUUGAAUUCAGAUUUGAAAGCUUAAAAAGCAUUUCAGUUUUAAUUCUUUUUGUCUACAAGUUGAUGAUUGGAAGCUCUAAAAAUAACAGAGAAAAUUAUCCGAGAAAAUGCUUUUGAACACAAGAAAAAGAAAGCAGGGUUAAAUUUAACCCCGGGUUAAGCGCUAAUCGGCCUUCGAACAACUGGGCCCAGUAUCUUACUUCUGUUUCGUUAUUCUGAAUUCUGUUUCUGCACCUCAGAUGCAAUUG